CCAUUCAUUCGCCGUCUUCAAAACCCUAGAUCCGCCGUCGCGAAGGAGAAAAGAAGAUCCAAACCCUAACCCUAGAUCAUCCUCCUCGUCAUUCUCAAGGAAGAUGGGGCGCGUUCGCACGAAGACUGUGAAGAAAUCAUCACGGCAAGUGAUUGAGAGAUACUACUCUCGCAUGACCUUGGAUUUUCACACGAACAAGAAGGUCCUUGAGGAGGUCGCCAUCAUCCCCUCCAAGCGCCUCCGCAACAAGAUCGCUGGCUUCACGACCCACCUCAUGCGUAGGAUCCAGCGCGGGCCAGUGCGCGGCAUCUCGCUCAAGCUCCAGGAAGAGGAGCGCGAGCGCCGAAUGGACUUUGUUCCAGAUGAAUCGGCUAUCAAGACUGACUCCAUACUCGUUGACAAAGAGACGCUAGAGAUGCUUGCCUCUCUCGGCAUGCCCGACCUCCCUGGUGUUGAGAAGCAAGUUGAUCCCCCCGCCGCUCCGGUCUUCUCCGGCCGCCCCGGGUACCUUGGCCGGAGGAACUAAGGUUUCCUUUUGUUCUCUCUCUGUUUGCACGCAAACAUUGAUUUAUUUACGGGAAGAGAGUCAUUUCCUUUUUAAAAGAUUUGAACUUUUUUUUUUAUUUCCAUCUGUUUGUUUUGAUCUUCAGAAAGACCUGAAUCGUUUGGAGAGGUUGUUAGUUAAUAUAUUUUUGUGUCUUUUGAUUCA